GGGCUGGGGCGGGGGCACGCGGCGCACGCGGCGGCAUGGAGGGGCCAGUGCAGUUCCGGUGUCCCCCCGAGUUCGAGGUGGUGACCCCCUCCCCCCCUCCCGGCCUUUGUGGGGCGGCCCUGGGGGGUCCCAGCACGGAGCUCUGGCUCAUCCGAGCCCCCACCGACUUCCACCCCGAGAGCCUGGAGGGCUGCAGGGUGCCGCUGGAUGGCUGCGGGCAGCUCCAGGGCGACGGUGACGGCAACAAGCGGCUCUACAGGCUGCGGGGGGUCCUGGGGGGGGCCGGCAGUGCCCUUCUCCUGGCCCCCGACUCCCCCGCUGCCCCCCUGGCCUGCGCCCCCCCGCUCCGUGGCUGCCUCACCAUCACCGAGAACUUCGGACCCCCACCCGGCCUCCCAGUCACCAUCCCCGCACCUGACCCACCACCGCCAGCCAGGAGGAAGAAGAAAAAGAAGAUGAAGGAGGCGCCAGAGGCACCUGAGGUGUUGACCCCGGAGAAGGCAGUGCCCAGCGAGGGGGGGGAGUGCGGGCCAGGACCCCCCCCAGGUGUCAAGGUGGUCCCCGGGGAGCCAGAGGUGCCCAAGAAGAAGAAGAAGCACAAGCAGGAGCGGGCAGUGUGACCCCGGGUGCAACGGGGUGUCCCUGUAUGUCCCUCCCAUCCCUGUCCUCAUCUCCCCCAACCGAGGCCGUGUCACUGAAAAACACCAUUUAUUAUAAAAAC